GAGGAGGGGCUGGGGGAGGGGCUGAAAGCAGACCACCAAGGGUUCAGGGAACAGAGGCUACUUACUUGGAUUGGGGGGGGGGCCACAAGAGGAAAGAAGAGGAGCAGUUGGGGAUCCAGUUGUCAGAGCUGGGGGACUUGGGGACGGCGGGGAAAAGCCAGGGCUGAGUGGGGGCUGGGACAAGAGCAGGCAUGGGGGUAGAGGGGCCCCUCGGGGUCAGCCCUCUCCUUCCUCUCUCCCCAGAUUCCAGUUCCUUCCCCCCAACCCUGACUCCUUGAACGUCACUGACAAUGGCAGCUAUUGCUAGGGGUGGGGCCACAGGCCUCCCCGCGUUUAGCGCGGCCCAGGGGAGUAGUGAGGGGUACCCCAGCCCCCUAUCUGCCUCCCCGCACAAUACUUGAACAUUCAUCUGUACUGAAGUGUUACUUGAACUGGGGGAACCUCGGACCUGAGGGAGCCGGAGUGUGAGGGGACAGGACCAGAUUGGACUGAGACUGGACUGGUGGCCACCCAGUUUGGACUGGGCCACCCCAGGCUCGCUGUUGUUUUACUGUAUUGAGCAGCUCCAGCCCUCCUGACUUGGGGUGGGGGGGUGGGGUGGGGUGCCAGCCCAGUGAUGGGGAAGAGGGCACUCCAACUUGGCUCUUUCCACGCUUUCAUCGUCAUGGAAACUUGUAUCCCAUUUGCCCAGGGAACUGCCACUCCUGGUUGCCAUGGAAAUAGCAGCCAAUGGACACCUCCCAAAGCCAGUUUAAGGCUGGAAAUGGCCCCUCUUAGUUGCCAUGGGAACUUAGUAACAGGCUCUUGGCCCUCCCCGGCCCCUUCCUCCAGUGCGGGGCGGAGCUUAGUGGCCGGGGGCGGGGUCGGGCCAGGUCCCGCCCCCUGGCCCGGGCCUCCGAGGGGGAGCCGGGUUGUACCAUGUAGGGGAGGGGGGAUCUAUCCACAUACCUCAGGUAACCGGGAGGUGCGCGGGUGGGGGGAGGGACUGGGCGGACCAAAGGCCAGAGGGAGGGGAUCCUGGGGGUCGCGAAAGGUUUGAGGAUGGGACCGCUUGGGGGAGGGGGAGGAGGCAGCCCGGCGAGGGACCAGAGGGGGACCCAGCCGGGCUGGGCCCCUGGGCCCCGGGUCUGUACAAUACGGUUUGCUAUAAAACUCAAAAUCUUCCAGCUGGGGCCGCCGAGUUCGUGUGUCUGUCUCCGGCGUGGGGGUCUGGGAGUGGACGGGAGUCAACAGUGUGUCCCCACGCCCAUGGGACUCUCGAAGGAGGGGCCUGUCUGCCGGGUUCACCCUGGAUGUCCCGCAUCUGAGCAUCGGGCCCCCGCUGCGCCCCUGCCGACGGUGGGGCUCGCCUUCCCGGACUUGAACUCAAGUUUUGGGGAGUCUGCUCUUCCGGGAGUGUCCAGGCCCCGGCCGGCUGGGCACCGACCCUGAUCUCGGAGACUGGAAUCCUGGGGUCCCCGGGGACUCGUGCCGCCGGCUCCCGGUACCCCCGACUCCACCCCAUCAUGUGGCCGCCGGGGCUCCGCCUCCGCCCCAGUUCCUGUUUCGGCCGCUGCUGUCCCGCUGCAGCCCGAGGGCUCCCGCCGACGCCGGCUCUUCCUGCCCGCCGGGCCGCCGCCUCCUGGCCGCCCGCGCCCGCAUCCUCGCUCGGCCCGCGGGGCGAUGGGGCCCGCCCCGCCCCGGCCCGGGCCCUGCUGGGGCCCCCGAGCCCGCGCAGCCCCUCCGUGAGCGCCCAGCCCGCCCGGUGCUGCAGCCCCCAGGAUGAAGAGCGGCGAGGGGGACGCGGGCGAGCAGGCCCCCCUGAACCCCGAGGCCGAGAGCCCCGCGGGCUCGGCCACCUACCGGGACUUCGUGCACCGCGGCUACCUGGACCUCAUGGGGGCCAGUCAGCACUCGCUGCGGGCGCUCAGCUGGCGCCGCCUCUACCUCAGCCGGGCCAAGCUCAAGGCCUCCAGCCGCACAUCCGCCUUGCUGUCGGGCUUCGCCAUGGUGGCCAUGGUGGAGGUCCAGCUGGAGAGCAACUAUGAAUACCCGCCGGGCCUGCUGGUGGCCUUCAGUGCCUGCACCACCGUGCUCGUGGCCGUGCACCUCUUUGCACUCAUGGUCUCCACGUGUCUGCUGCCCCACAUUGAAGCCGUUAGCAACAUCCACAACCUCAACUCUGUCCACCAGUCUCCACACCAGAGACUCCACCGCUACGUGGAGCUGGCCUGGGGCUUCUCCACGGCCUUGGGCACCUUCCUCUUCCUGGCCGAAGUUGUGCUGGUUGGCUGGGUCAAGUUCGUGCCCAUCGGGGCCCCCGUAGGCACCCCGGCCCCCGUGGUGGUGCCUGCCUCCCAGGUGCCUGGGACUCUGCCCCCGUUGGCCCCCUCCCUCAGCCCAGCUUCGAAGCCAUCUGUGGCCCCGUCUGAGCUGCCUAGGGGCUGCCCGCCCCCGAGGGUAUGUGGAGAUGGUGGGGGCCACGGGCCGGGCUGGCAGGCGGCCAUGGCCUCCACCGCCAUCAUGGUACCUGUGGGGCUUGUGUUUGUGGCCUUCGCCCUGCAUUUCUAUCGCUCCUUGGUGGCGCAUAAAACGGACCGCCACAAACAGGAGCUGGAGGAGCUGAGCCGCCUGCAGGGAGAACUGCAGGCUGUGUGAGGCUGCAGGGGGAACUGCACGAGGUGUGAGGCUGGUGUUCGCUGCUGCUGCUGCUGCUGCUGCUGCAAACACUGCCCCGCUCUGGGGCUGGCCAGAAGCUGCCCUGCCCGGAGCCACCCGGAGGAGCGGCGGUUCUCGGGCACAGAUUCCCGUUCCAGGCCCUGCGCCCAGGCUCGGGGCAGCACCCACACUCCCAGAGAUUUCUCUCCUUGGGUUUUGUAAGUUCUACUGCGUGCCUGCGCUGGAAGAAGCAAAGGUCUGAAGCUCCUGAAGUGUGUAGAGGUAACGCUCGGAGACCCUGUCAACGUGGGUGCUGACUCUGGGCCACGCACCCCUACCCAGGAGGAGUCAAAGAUUCUAUGCCUAGAUGAUGUCCAUUUUUUGCUUGAUCUUUGCAGAAUCUAUUUAAUCGUGAGAAACUUUUCCUCGCUCCCAAAUUUUAAUUGGGUCCCCCCUCUUGCUUCAGUUCCAGCAAGAGGGAUUUGGAUGUGCCAAAUCUGGGUGUAUCCCAGGCAGAGGGUCAACCUUUCCUAGGAGUCUCCCUAUUUCGGGGAGUUCAAAUGCUUGCCCCCACACCCGACACCCAUAUUUAUGCUUCUGUUUCUCACUCCAGGACCAAUGCUGGAGAGGAGAGGGUUCUGUGUACCCAGCCGAUCUCCUAGCAUGGUUUGGAAAAAGUUUUUUUUUAUUUUAUUUUUUUUUGGCCACACCUGGCUCUGCCCAGCCCAGGGCUUACUCCUGAACUCUGAGCUUAAGGAUCACUCCCGGUGGGGCUGGGGGACCAAAUGCAGUGCCAGGGAUACUGCGUACAGUAAGGGGCAAGUGCCCCACCCUUGUAGUAUCUCUAUGGCCCAGAAACGGUUUUGAGAAGACUCAGUCCCUAGCCCUUGGAACACCGAUAUUCUAACACUGCAUUGGUUUUUUUCUUUUUGGGUCACACCCAGUGAUGCACAGGGGACACUCCUGGCUCUGCACUCAGGAAUUGCUCCUGAUGGUGCUCGGGGGACCAUAUGGGAUGCUGGGGAUCGAACCUGGGUUGGCUGCGUGCAAGGCAAACGCCCUACCCGCUGUGCUAUCGCUCCAGCCCCCUAACACGGCGUUUUUGAUGCAUCAUUUUGUAUAAUAAAAUGUGUUUCACAGAUGUCCCUGUGGCUGUGAAUGGGGUAAAGUGGUU